CACGCUAAGGCUCGAAUGGGAAAAUUAAAGUGGACAGAGUCGGCUUUUGUGCCCAUGUCUUUGUAAGCCGUCGCGAUGAAGUGAACUGCAUUUCGUUCAGUUUCAAGUAUGAUACAGAGUGCUUCUGGAUAUUAUUAUCUAGAAUAGUGAAUGGUUCCUAACGUGUGCAGCUUCCUACCUUGUGCAACAACCUAGUUCUAAAGUAUACUACGGAUAUAAUUAUAAUGGACCCGUCACUCGAAGACUUCAGCGCCAACCUUUCUACAGAAAAUCAUGGUCAAAUAAUUUUACAAAGAUUAGAGGAACAGCGAGCGACAAAGCUCUGUGACGUAGUGGUUCUUUCGUCGGAUCGUCGCAAAUAUCCUUGCCAUAAAGCUGUAUUGGCGGCAAACUCGACGUUGCUCCGUGACAAAGCAAUGAAAUCAAAUAAAAUACAAACGGACAUAGCAGCCGAGGUACUCGAACUUAUCCUUGAUUACUUUUACACAGGAUCUGUUCGCAUCGAGGAAAAUAACUGCAUUGAACUACUGGAUGCAUCCGUGUCACUGAUGGUAACACCGCUUGAAGGGGCGAUCUCUCAUUAUAUCAAGCGAGUGGCCCAGGAGAAUACGCGGCCGUUCAUCGAGAGCUCGAUGCUCCUAAAAGUACCACCAAACCUAAUGAAGAAUGCCAUCGGUGAUAUACUCAUAGCAAACAGUUUUUCUAAGCGUGCCUUGCUUCUGCAAGUCGUCGAAGCACUCGCUGACUGGGCUGCCGUCGAUCAUGCCACAAGGUGGGAGGUGUACAGGGAGUUGCUAGAACGUGUCAAGAGCGACAAAAAUACGAGUCGGCAAACAUCCUGUCCAGUCACACCGCUUUCGUAUCCUUCAUCGAUACACUCAUCAGAAUCAGCAAAUCAUUCUGCUUCACCGUCGUCACGAAGUACGUCAGUCGAUUCUGCUGCAGUAAUGCAGCAUUCUACACCGCUGGGAAUAUUUCGUAGCAGGAACAUGGUCUUGCCGUCAACGUCCGCUGCUGAAGAUCAGGGCGAUAUGUACUUUGAACUUGAACUGUCAAAAGUUGGCCGGAAAGAGGAGAACGGCUGGGAUUGCGUGUCGGAAUUAGCGACCGCUACGGAUAAAAACAGCGAGGCACCGAUGGACGCUUCUAUGGCGACUGGCGCAAGCGAAACAACAUGGUCACAAUACGAGCGUGAAAUGAGGGAAGUGAUUGAAGAAUUAAAAGCUAAACAGCUUAGCGAUGAUGAAGAUAUCAAGUUAUAAUUGUUUCAUGCAUACGAAACAAAUAAAUUGAUCCUUUGCAAAUACUAAUUUGGCGAAUUUCUACAUCAUGCAUCGAUAGAAGCGCAAAGUGAGCUCAGUAUUAAAAAGGCAACAAAGAAUAUUCCAUCGUGGAGUUGUCUAUAUUCAAGCAAUUUAGGCCCUAUAGAGAAUUUAUUUAUAGGCGAGGGCACACGGGUGUCUAUGUGCAGUAUCAAUUAGCAGCAAUAAUUUGAAGACAAGAAUAAAAGCGACUUUUAAAGAUCCAUUAUACAUUAGCUUCAUUACAUAUCGCACAAAGCCUCGUGCUCAAGCAGAUGAUAUUCCAGACUGCAUAAGUGAGAUCUAUCAUGCUGAUGAAUAACAUGCAGUAAAUCUCGAAGGUGCCUGUUUUCUAUGACAAUGCUGAACGAAAAGGGCGUUUCAACUCGACUAUGAUUUACUUAGGCGCUUUGGAUAUGCCUACGUUUAGGACUGAUAUAUAAAUGUUAAACUAUUCGCCUGGUGCUGAAUAGCAGCGUAGCACAUGCUUCCGAGAUAAAAUAAAGGUUUAAGAAAUUAUGACUUUUUCUUACAAAGCAUUAAUUAGACCAUACCGUAUGUGGCUGGGCACAAUUGUUUGCAAGUCAAACUUGGAUCUGAAACGCAUCAUGUGCUUUUUGUUGCAGCCGUUAAGAAAUGGUCUGCACAAACUGAAACAGACGAGUCUGUUAGUAAGCCAGAGUAAACGCAUGGGCUUAUGAUCGGAGAAA